UAUAGAAACAUUACAACAUUGCAGUUCAUUUGGAUAAGUUAUUCGAUGAGAAUCAGCAGUGACAAGAGAACUUUCAUAUAUUUUAAUAGCUUUUUCUUGUAGUUGACUGCCUUAAGACAUUGGGAUUUGCUGAGCAGAGAUUCUAAUGUCAUAUUGCCAAAAGGACAUUCUUAUAUGUAAUGCAAUGGUUACACAAAUCCAUUUUGAAUACUGGAAACUCCAUGCAUUUCUCUUAACAUGGUAUAUUAAGAAAAGAGCAUAAGGAAAAUAAGUUAUAUAGAAAAAAGAAGGCACCACUGUUAAAAUGAAUUUAGCCAUAAAACUUCGCAGAAAUUUGCGAAGGCUGGUUAUCCUGCUUGCCACCUUCUGCAUGGUGAGCAUUCUCAUAUCUGCCUACUACUUGUACAAUGGCUACAAUCAGGAGACUGAACUCUCAGAGGGCACCCCAGAAAUGGAAUGUGGAGACCACAAACUUCUUCCUUACCGAUUAAUGGAAAUGAAAAUUGCAAAGCCCAUAGACAUCUCCAGGACUGACCCAGUCAUCCUGGUUUUUGUGGAAAGUCAAUACUCACAACUCGGGCAGGACAUCAUAGCAAUCCUGGAGUCCAGUCAGUUUCAGUAUCAUUCUGAAAUUGCUCCAGCCAAAGGUGAUGUCCCACCUCUCACAAAUAAAGGAAGAGGGAGGUAUGCACUUAUCAUCUACGAAAAUAUGUUGAAAUACGUGAAUAUGGAUUUGUGGAAUAGGGACCUCCUAGAUAAAUACUGUGUGGAGUACAGUGUUGGAAUCAUUGGUUUUCACAAAGCAAAUGAGAACAGUUUACCAAGUGUUAAGUUGAAGGGCUUCCCUUUGUACCUUCAUACCAAUAUAGGCCUAAAGGAUUGUUGUGUUAAUCCUCAUUCUCCUUUGCUCUACAUCACCAAAGCUUCAGAAGCUGACAGAGGACCAUUACCUGGAGAGGACUGGACAGUGUUUCAGUCCAACCAUUCCACAUAUGAACCAGUGUUGCUAGCCAAGUCGAGAACUUCAGAAAAUAUUCCACCAGCCAUCUCUGGACAUGCUCUGCACACAACUGUAAUACAGGACCUGGGCCUUCAUGAUGGCAUUCAUCGCGUCCUAUUUGGCCACAACCUUAAUUACUGGCUUCACAAGCUCAUAUUUGUGGAUGCCAUCUCUUUCCUUUCAGUGAAGAAACUAUCCUUGUCUUUGGAAAGAUAUGUUCUUGUGGACAUUGAUGAUAUCUUUGUGGGGAAGGAAGGAACUAGGAUGAAUGUCAAUGAUGUAAAGGCCCUUCUUGAUACACAGAAUCUAUUGAGAAGUCAUAUUACGAAUUUUACAUUCAACCUUGGAUUUUCAGGGAGGUUCUACCACACAGGUACGGAGGAGGAGGACGAGGGGGACGACUUGUUGAUGAAGUAUGUAGACGAGUUCUGGUGGUUUCCUCACAUGUGGAGUCACAUGCAGCCCCAUCUUUUCCAUAAUGAGUCAUCCCUGGCUGAGCAGAUGAUUCUCAACAAGGAGUUUGCACUGGAGCAUGGUGUCCCCACAGACAUGGGCUAUGCAGUGGCUCCCCACCACUCCGGUGUUUACCCAGUACACGUACAGCUGUAUGAGGCUUGGAAGAAGGUCUGGGGUAUCAAAGUGACGAGCACUGAGGAGUACCCACACCUGAAACCAGCAAGAUACAGGAGAGGAUUCAUUCACAACAACAUAAUGGUACUUCCCAGGCAGACCUGUGGCUUGUUUACCCACACAAUAUUCUACAAGGAGUACCCUGGGGGCCCAAAGGAGCUGGAUAAAAGCAUCAAGGGAGGGGAGCUCUUUCUUACAGUUCUGCUCAAUCCGAUCAGCAUCUUUAUGACACAUUUAUCCAACUAUGGGAAUGACCGACUGGGACUGUACACUUUUUCAAACUUGGCCAACUUUGUUCAGGGCUGGACUAACCUCAGACUACAGACAUUGCCACCGUUUCAGCUGGCUCACAAAUACUUUCAGCUCUUCCCUGAGCAACAUGAUCCAAUCUGGCAGAAUCCAUGCGAUGACAAGCGGCACAAGGAUAUCUGGUCGAAAGAGAAAACCUGUGAUCGUUUGCCCAAAUUCCUGGUUGUAGGACCUCAGAAGACUGGUACAACUGCUCUGUACCUGUUCCUGAUAAUGCACCCUUUCAUUACCAGCAAUUUCCCCAGUGUGAAGACCUUUGAGGAGGUGCAGUUUUUCAAUGGAAACAACUACCAUAAAGGGAUAGACUGGUACAUGGACUUCUUUCCAGUCCCCUCUAAUGUGACCUCUGACUUUCUGUUUGAGAAAAGUGCAAACUACUUCCCUUCUGAAGAUGCUCCAAAGCGUGCCGCUGCCCUGGUACCAAAAUCAAAGAUAAUCACUUUACUCAUCAAUCCUUCUGACCGGGCUUACUCCUGGUACCAGCACCAGAGGGCCCAUGAAGAUCAUGCUGCUAUAAAGUACAGUUUCUAUGAGGUGAUUUCUGCAGGACACCAUGCCCCAGCAGAGCUCAGAUCUCUUCAGAAUAAAUGUCUGGUGCCAGGCUGGUAUGCUAUCCAUAUUGAACACUGGCUCACUUACUACCCUCCUUCUCAGUUGCUAAUCAUUGAUGGGCAGCAGCUGAGGAGUGACCCCGCUGCUGUAAUGGAUGAAGUCCAGAAGUUUCUAGGAGUGUCCCCAUAUUACAACUACUCUCAGGCCCUAACCUUUGAUCCCCAGAAAGGAUUCUGGUGUCAGCUACUUGAAGGUGGGAAGACUAAAUGUCUGGGGAAAAGCAAAGGCAGGAAAUAUCCUCCUAUGGGCUUAGAGUCUCGGACAUUCCUGUCAAGAUACUACAAAGACCACAAUGUUCAACUAUCCAAAUUGUUGCACAGACUAGGCCAACCACUGCCUUCUUGGCUAAGAGAGGAGCUUCAGAAAGUGAGAUAACAAUGAAGAGGAGGUUCAAGAAAGGACUUGAUACACCUUCAAACUCAUAAACCCUCAAGUAAAAUAAAAAUGGGUUUUAUACAUACCUCUUCAGGAAAAAAUGAGUUUUCCAUGUGCUGGCAUAUGGUAUUAUGAGUACAUGACCUUGUGAAAAACAUACAUGGUUGGUUGUAGAUAUUAAAAAUGCGGAACAAUAUUCUAAAUCCAGUUCAGGACCUGCAGGAUGGGUAAAGGUAAUUUGUUGUGUGAGCGUGAACCUGUGACUGCCGUGAUUGUUGUUUUAAUUUAUGAUUCCAGUGCAGUGCUGGUCAACUGUCUGGUAUCUGUGGUGAAUAUUUGCACUAAAUUACAUUCCAUGCUUCACUUGCUGAGUGUUUUGUCAUAUAUGUGUAGAGAGAGAAACAGAUACACAACAGUGCUUGGCACAGUUACUGCUGGGCAUGCUAAGAGUACAGUAAUUAAUGUGUUGCUAAACCUCUAUGACAGAGAACUCAUUCAAAACAAACAUUCAGGAAAAAAAGGUGUGUGAGCACAUUGUUUCACAUAACAGCAUUUAAAUCCAGCAGCUUUUUAUGACAACUGGUUACAUCACUUAUUUUGUUCACACUGCACUGAACAUCCACUUGUCCAUUUGUAUAUGUGUAAUAGAAAUUUUUAGUUUCUUGAAAAUAAAGCUUUGAUUUAUAUACAGUGGCACUCAAAAGUAUUCACCCC